AUGUUUGGCUUUGGCAAGAAGAACGAGUCCGAGCCGACGGUCGUCGCCGACGUCGAUGCCGAGAACAAUGCCCCCCGAAAGGGCUGGAAAGAGACCAUGAUGCCCGUCUUUGCCUGCGGUUCCGGCCUCUUUUCCGACGGUUACAUCAACAAUGUCAUCGGCUCUGUCAACACCAUCCUCACCACCCAAUACGGCGUCAUCUACACCAAGUCCUCGGCCUCCCAAUACGUCGCCAGCAUCGCCUUUGCCGGCAUCGUCGUCGGCCAGCUGCUCUUUGGCUACCUCUCCGAUCGCUGGUCCCGCGCCAACUCGCUCACCCUCUCCACCAUCAUCCUCAUCGUCUUCACGGCCCUAGCCACCGGCUCCUACUGGAAGGGCGAAGCGCUCGGCAUGUUCAGCAUGUUGACGGCCUGGCGCUUCUUCGUCGGUGUCGGCAUAGGAGGUGAAUACCCCGCGGGAAGUGUUGGAGCCGCAGAAUCGACCGGCGAGCUCAAGGCCGUCGUGAUUGCCUCGGCUUCCAGCAACUACGAGGUCAUGUGGCGCACUUCCCUCGGCGUAGGCGUCAUCUUCCCGCUCGUCCUCCUCUACCUUCGUUUCAAGCUUGAGGAGCCCGAAGACUUCAGCAAGAACUCGAUGCGCCAAAACACACCCUACCUCCUCGUCUUCAGGUUUUAUGGCUUUCGCCUCUUCUGUGUCUCCCUCGUCUGGUUCCUCUACAACUUCUCCGUAUACGCUUUCGGUAUCUAUUCCUCCAAGAUCCUUGUCGACAUCUACGGCGAGGGCGCGCCGCUCUCCAAGAUCUUUGGCUGGAACACCGUCAUCACUUUGUUCUACCUCCCCGGAUCCAUCCUCGGCGCCUUCAUCUCCGACUGGAUCGGCCCUAAGCACGCCCUCGCCUUUGGCGUCCUAGCCCAAGCCCUCGUCGGCUUCAUCAUGGCCGGCGUCUACGCCAAGAUUUCUCAGCACGUCGCCGCCUUCGCCAUCGUGUACGGCGUCUUCCUCUCCCUCGGUGAGAUCGGCCCCGGCAACAACAUCGGCCUGCUCGCCGCCAAGACGUGCGCCACGGGCGUGCGCGGUCGCUACUACGGCAUCGCCGCCGCCGUCGGCAAGAUCGGCGCUUUCAUCGGCACCUACGUCUUUCCCGAAAUCUCCAAGGCUGGCGGCAGCAACGCCACCAAGUCGGCCCAGUACCCCUUCUGGGUCGCCUCCAGCCUCUGCGUGCUCUCGGCCAUCGUCACCCUCACCCUCGUGCCCACCGUCGGCCAGGACACCAUAUCCAAGGAGGACGAGCGCUUCCGUGCGUACCUUGAGAGCCGCGGCUGGGACACGACGCAGCUCGGUCUCGCCAAGACACCCGCCUCCGAGACCCCAGAGACGGUGGUUGUUUCCAAGGCCAGCGAGAAACAGUAG